GACUGUACUAAAUGAUGUACAAAGAAAAAUGUGAGAGAGGUUAAUAAAGAGGAAGACGCCAAGUAUACGCCACCUACCGGUCCCGUCAUACACGGCUCACGUUAGCCUUCUUCCAACCAUGAAUACGGUGGCGUGUUGGCUUGGUCCUCGAAACCAACCACUUUCUUCUCUCUCACCUUCCACUAUUUUUAUUCCACGUGUCGUUAUCAUCCUCCACGACGGUGCGUGCCCCCACCACCCCCUCCGCCACCACCGCAUAAAAGCCUUUUCCCCUUUUAUUACCAAAACUUCUGCUAAUGCACGCUUCUAUCUAAAAACACCUUAUCCUCCGCCUCCCACCAUUAUCAUGCGCCUCUCCUCCACUUUCUCUCUCUCUCCCUUAUCUCCUCAUUAUUAUUACCUGAAGUCGCCGCCGCGUAAAGACAUCGAAUCAUAACCGUUUCUCUCUUCACGAGAGAUCUGACAUUAUUUCUAAAUCCUCAAAAUUACCGAUCUUGUCUGAACCGAAUCGAUCCAUGUCGGAUCCAGAUUCUCCGUUACAUCAAGAUCCGUUACCAAACCAAUCGUCUCCGCCGCAGCCAGAUCCGAAGAUCGCCUCCACCACCCCCGCGGCGUCCAAAUCCUCCAGACGCUUGCCUCCGCCGUGCUGGACGCCGGAGGAGACCGUGGCGCUAAUCGACGGCUACCGCGAGAAAUGGCUGGCUCUCAACCGCGGGAACCUCAAGGCGAACCACUGGGAGGAGGUCGCGGAGGCCGUCGCCGGUAACUGCCCCGGCGUGACGCCGAAGAAGACCGCCGUUCAGUGCCGGCACAAGAUGGAGAAGCUGAGGAAAAGGUACCGCACGGAGAUCCAGCGCGCGAGAUCCGUGCCGGUGGCGAGGUUCGUGUCCUCUUGGGUCCAUUUCAAGAGGAUGGAAGCCAUGGAGGAUCGUCCGGAGAGGAAUUCCGGCGGUGGGGAGGAGGAAAGGGACGAGCUUUACGGCGGAAGGUCAACAACGCCGAGGUUCUUUAACAGGAACGGUGGGGCCGGCGGAGGGAGCGGUGGGAUUAGGAUUCGGAUUCCGACGGGAGUUAGUAUAGCUCAGCCGGGUCCGAGGUUUCCCGGUAAGAUUGAUCCGAAGUACACGGCGAGUGGGAGUUCGAGACUUGGUCGUGUCGGAGCAGGGUCUAGUUUUGGAGGUACAGGAGGGAAACGAGGGAGGGAGAUGAUGAUGGAGGAGGAGGAGGAGGAGGAGGGUGAUGAUCCAAUGGUGGAGAUAGCGAGUGCGAUAAAGCUACUUGGAGAUACGUUGUUGAGAACAGAGGAGAAGAAGAUGGAGAUGAUGAGGGAGGUGGAAGCGAUGAGGAUGGAUAUGGAGAUGAAGAGGACGAAGAUGAUAUUGGAAUCUCAACAACGAUUGGUUGAGGCGUUUGCUAAAAGCAUGUCUGAAAAUUUGGAGGAGGUGAGGAAGAAGAAAGCAAGAAGAAUAUCUUCCUUACCUGAUGACUCUUGAAUCUCAAUUGUAUGUUCUUAACAUCAUUAAUGUUAAUGUAUGUUGAACUUAUGAAGUAGGGAGUUUUAAAGCCAAUCUAAUUAUGAUCAAUUUAUCCAUAGUUGGUUUCCAUGAAUACAUAGAAUGAAGAAAGUGUUUAGAUUAUAAUUGAAAAGUGACAUCAAUGGAGUAUAACUUCUGCAUUGGCUCUUUCAAUAGAAGGUUCUCUUUAGUGUUUAGAGCUUAUCACAUAGAGAGCAAACAACUAAUAGGCUGCUUAUCACAUAGAGGGAAAAACUAAUAGGCUGAAGAACAUUUUUAGUCAAAUAGUAAAAGUUAAU